UAUCGAUAAUAUAAGGAUUAAAGCAAUGAAAUUAAUGAGGAAAAAAAAGGAAAAGAUGAGCCUCAAUGGUGGAUUAAUAUGCUCGGCUAUAUUAAAGAAGUUGAAUGCCUAUAUUAUGGAAAGCAAUAAGUGGCAUGCAAUUUCAUGUGGGAAGGUUGUAUUUGAGGUUACACUUCAACCUAAAAGGUUUGUCGUUAACCUCCAGAACCACACAUGUACUUGUAGACUAUGGGACUUGACAGGUGUGCCGUGUGUUCAUUCAUGUGCUGCUAUAAAAUCUAUUAAGGGCAGGCCAGAGCUCUAUGUACACAAAUAUUUUACACAGGAGUACUUUUUCAGGGCAUAUGAGUUUGAAAUAAAUCCAAUGGGGAAUCUUAAUUUUAUCCCUGAAACUAUUAGUGAGCUCAUACAGCCCCCAUUGUUAAGAAGACCACCAGGGAGGCCAAAGAAACAACGGCACAAAUCUUCAUCAGAAGGAAGAGAUCCCCAUAAAGCUAAGAGAAAAUAUGGAAUGAUCAAGUGUGGUAAAUGUAGACAGUUAGGGCAUAAUAAGCGGUCAUGUAAAGAGAAUGAGCAGGAAGCUUUUUGAUGAUUUUCUGAACCAACAUCUUCAAGGAGGAGAGCUAGAAUUGUUCUUAUACAGGAGAAAGAGCAUCAUAUUGAUGAUUUUUGAAAGGACGUCAUCUUCAUAUGGCUCAUUAUAUUUUUUAGCAUGGUUUAAAUUAGGAAUGAUUCUUAUUUGUAAGGAGAUUUAUAUUAUGCUUUGGUAUGA